CGAGGCUCUUCUGCGUCUCCCCAGCGGCAGGCGCAGGCCCAAGCAAUCCGGCCGCCCAGCGGGUGCAGGUGCGGACGCACCGGCCAUCACCGCGCGCGGCUGCGCAGCGGGCACCGUAGGCACCGGUCUCUGGCUCCCGGGAGCGGGGCAGCCACAGAACCCGAGGCCAUGUCCCAUGAAAAGAGUUUCUUGGUGUCUGGGGACAGUUAUCCUCCCCCAAACCUUGUGGGGCCCCAAGCCCCUAUGCCUCCCUAUGUUCAGGCUCCCUACCCUGGGGCCCCAUACCCACAGACCCCUUUCCAACCCUCUCCCUAUGGCCAGCCAGGGUAUCCCCAUGGUCCCGGUCCCUAUCCACAGGGUGGUUACCCUCAAGGGCCCUACCCUCAAGGAGGCUACCCACAGGGGCCAUACCCACAGAGCCCCUUCCCGCCCAACCCCUAUGGACAGCCACCACCCUUCCAGGACCCUGGAUCACCCCAGCAUGGGAACUACCAGGAGGAAGGACCUCCAUCCUACUAUGACAACCAGGACUUCCCCGCUGUCAACUGGGACAAGAACAUUCGCCAGGCCUUCAUCAGAAAGGUGUUCCUGGUGCUGACCCUGCAGCUGUCGGUGACCCUGUCUACUGUGGCCAUUUUCACUUUUGUUGGGGAGGUGAAGGGCUUUGUCCGGGAGAAUGUCUGGACCUACUACGUCUCCUACGCCAUCUUCUUCAUCUCCCUCAUUGUCCUCAGCUGUUGUGGGGACUUCCGGCGAAAGCAUCCCUGGAACCUUGUUGCUCUGUCGAUCCUGACCGUCAGCUUGUCCUACAUGGUGGGCAUGAUAGCCAGCUUUUACAACACGGAGGCGGUCAUCAUGGCCGUGGGCAUCACCACAGCUGUCUGCUUCACGGUGGUCAUCUUCUCCAUGCAGACCCGCUAUGACUUCACCUCAUGCAUGGGCGUGCUCCUGGUGAGCGUGGUGGUACUCUUCAUCUUCGCCAUACUCUGCAUCUUCAUCCGGAACCGCAUCCUGGAGAUUGUAUACGCCUCACUGGGCGCUCUGCUCUUCACCUGCUUCCUGGCAGUGGACACCCAACUGCUCCUGGGGAACAAGCAGCUGUCCCUGAGCCCAGAAGAAUAUGUGUUUGCGGCCCUGAAUCUGUACACGGACAUCAUCAACAUCUUCCUAUAUAUUCUCACCAUCAUUGGCCGUGCCAAGGAGUAGAACAAGCCCCAGCUCAGGUGGCAUGGUUGGCUCAUACCCAUGCCCCUGGCAUGACAAUGCCAUCUGUGCUUCCCUCUCUCUGGUCCCCAGGCCUGGCCUGGCGCAGAGGAAGUCCCUCUCGCCCUCUUGUAUGUACACUGCAAAUACUUAACGUUUGGACCCUCUAUGGCCACAGCAUGGCCCCCUUUAUCCCUUUUGUCCUUGCCAAGGGGCGACAGGGCUGCAUUUCUGUGCCACCUUCUGUCCACUCACUGUUGCAUGAGCCCUGUCUGCCAGCCCCAUCCCAGGGUCAGGGACCAACACCAGGUCCCAGGGGAGAAGGAUCAUACCAAGAGGUGAGGGUGCACGUCUUCCCUCCUGUCCCAGCUCCCCUGGCAUAGAGUACCCGUGUCCCCUCCCCGCCCUGCCUUCUGAGGGGCACGCAGGGUGGGGUCUCAUUCUUGCGCUGAGUCCCAAGAGCAGAGAGGAUGAUGGCAUGUUUCUGGGGAGGAGGCUCUCUCGUGCUGCCAUUGUUAAAAUGCCAAUAAAAGGUUAUCUUCUGC